AUGGCAGGAAGAGCAGGAACAGGCGCAAAAGCUUUUAAUCCAAAGCAAUAUGAGCGUCCAGGCCUCACUGAAGAUGAGAUCGAAGAAAUCAAGGAAGCCUUCGAUUUAUUCGAUACUGAUGGAUCUGGGACAAUUGACCCUAGAGAGUUGACUUCAGCUAUGCAAUCGCUGGGCUUUGAAGCCAAAAAUCAAACCAUUUACCAAAUGGUCAGUGAUUUAGAUAAGGAUGGGUCUGGAGCCAUUGACUUUGAUGAGUUCCUUGACAUGAUGACUGCAAGAAUGAGCGAUAAAGACACCAGAGAAGACAUCCAAAAAGUCUUCAGACUUUUUGAUGACGAUAAAACUGGAACUAUCAGCAUCAAGAACCUAAGAAGAGUAGCAAAAGAACUAGGAGAAACCAUGACUGAUGAAGAGCUGUUGGAAAUGAUUGAAAGAGCUGACAGUGAUGGAGAUGGGCAAGUGUCUUUUGAAGACUUCUACAACAUCAUGACCAAGAAAGCCUUCCCUUACUCUAUUAAACAAAGUUAUGGCACAAUAAAAAAAUUAAAAAUUUAUUUUAUAUAAAAACAAUGCUAUUUUUAUUAUAAAAUUUUAUAAAAAAAUAAAGUUAUAGGUUUGAGUUAG